AUGCUUUUUAAACAAUGGAAUGAUUACUCUGAGCCAAGACAUCACAUAGAUGCACCUUUAGACAAUAAUGAGGACUUGGGAUCUUUGCAAUUGGAACCUCUACCUGACGUUGAACUUGUGGGUGGACUGGAUAUUUCUAGCUACAAGAAGGUUAUUCUAACAACCAAAGUCUUCAGGUCGCUUUUUCCUGGAAACUUGGCCCAUGCCAGCGAGGUGUCGAAAUUUCGCGUCUCGUGGAAGACCAAAAGCUCGGAACACGCUUUAUACCGCGAGGAUUUCCAACUUCGUGAGGAUAGUUUGCGCAAAAGUGACGCCAAGGUCUUGGAAAUUCCAGUUCUACAGAUCAACCCUGAAACCUUGGUGAUAAGCGUCGCCGAGGACUUUUUGCAUGUCCCGCCCAUUGCACUGAACCUUUUGUCCAAACAAAUCGCCCAACUUUUUUCGACGCCGCUAGAAAUUCUCGUGCUUGGAGCAAGCGAUAGAAUUGAGCAGGUGAAGACUGUUUCCUAUCCAUCUGACGAGGCCAAAAACGGACUAUGCGUUUUGGUUCCGCCUGAGUUUUUGACGAAUUUCAUUGCCAGCGCGAUGACACAAUUGAUCUUACAAAAAAUACCAUUCCGCGGCUAUAUAGCGCCGAGCGAGGGGCCCUCUGGCUAUGAAAAACUGUCGUUGGAUGCAAUGGACACACUGAUAGAUCAGUGUUGGUCGGAAUUGGCUUCAGGGGAUCGAGACACUUACUUCAAAGAAUGCCAUCGGAACUGGAGGCUCAACGGGACCGCUAUGGGUGCUCAGGCGGGACUGUACUUGUAG